UCUUUUUGUUAAUUAUUCUUUUCUUUUCUUUUUCUUUUUGUUCUAAUCCAAACGAAUCGUGACUCUCAUCCUUACACCAAACGGUCCAAACCUUCUCUUCUUGUGCACUCAAUUGGUCUGCAUCACAAAGUACAGAAGUAGAAGAAAAACAAAGGCAAAGAAAGUGAUUAAAAUAAUAAACAAAACAGGGGGCAAUCCAGCCAGCCAUGCCAUAUCUGAGGACCGUCAGGCCAAUCCUUCAAGGACUUAGGGCUUUGCUUGAGAGAUCUCUGCUUGGACGUGUAUAAAUGCAGCACUGUAGAUACGUUCCGCCUUGGCUCUCUCAUCUUCUCGCAUGCAUGGGGUGUUGUUUGUUAGCUCAAUCGGAGAGAUGCUUCGGGAAGAAACCCUGCUGUUCGUUUUGUAUGUUUUCUGGAGCGUGCUUCCGCGCUCUUGUGCUUUUGAUGAUGGAAAGGGUCAAGGCUAAAUGGAAGAAGCUUUUCAGUAGCAGAGGCUGCCUUGGAUGCUAUACUAAUCAUGAACUAAUUAUCGCGGUGGAUGAGCCAUCAAAGGGGCUGAAAAUUCAAGGUCAAUCUGUGAAGAAACCUAGUGUAUCAGAGGAUUUCUGGAGCACCAGCACUUGUGAAAUGGACAACAGUGCUGUUCAGUCCCGGAGAAGCAUCUCAUCAAUCGGCACAUCAAACCAAGUCCUUGUUCCUCAGGGUUGUCCUGGCAGUGUGAGCAACCCUUCCGAAUUCAUAAAUCAUGGUCUGAUUCUGUGGAACCAGACCAGGCAGCAGUGGCUUGGAAACAAAAGGUUGCAGAGCCAUCGACAAGGUCGAGAGCCCAGAAUAAGUUGGAAUGCAACUUAUGAGAGUCUACUUGCGACUAACAAGCCUUUCCCCCAGCCCGUCCCCCUUCCUGAAAUGAUAGAUUUCCUUGUAGAUGUCUGGGAGCAGGAGGGUUUGUAUGAUUGAACACGCAAACUCGAAAAAACUGCAAUUGUUUUGUUUUUUUUUUUUUGAAGUCCCCAUUUGUGAUAAUUAUAUACAAGUGCUACUGUAUAUUUUAUAUUUUUGUACAUCUUCUCUGCUUAGAUUCUUUAUGAAUGAGGCACACGAAUUGCAUUA